CAAGUGUCAAAACACUGAAAUCGGAAUGGAUGUUUUAAAUUUUAAUUUGGAAUUUUAGCUUGUUUGCAUUGCAUAUGAUCUCUGAUAAUCUGUUUUUUUUUUUGGUAUUGAAUCCGUCAAAUAUAUGUAAAAGAACUACGACGACGUUUUACGUUAAAAAUUAUUUAAAAUACUAUAAAUAAAACAAAAUUUAGGUUAUUUUAGGUUUCAGUGUAAAUUGAGCGUUGGUAAACAACCGGCACGCCAUUUUACUUUAAAAGCUUUUAAAACUGUGAUGUGUUAAUACACCAAGUUAUAAAUAAUCAAAAUGGCUGGCCAAGGACACCAGUUCCCUGGAAACUUCCAGGGAAAUGCAGGCCCCAUGAGAACAGGAUUUGGCGGUGGCCCCAUGGGUGGCCAAAUGCAGUCCAUGCCUAACCAAUUAGCUGGAGUCAUGGGUGGGCCCAUGGGGAACCCAAGUAUGGUGGGGAUGGGCAAUCAAAUGGUGCCACCGUAUGGAGCAGCUAUGCAAGGACAGAUGGGAAAUAUGGGAAUGGGUGGGCAGGGCAUGGGAGUGGGUGUCGGCACAGGUCCAGGAGGUCUUGGUCCACAAGCAGUGCAGCAGCCAGGUGUAAUGCAAGCUGCGGGUGCAGUGCAAACCCCAACAGCAGCUCCCCCCUCCGCCCCGGUGUCCCAUCCGCCACAGAACAAGGAGUUCAACACCGCCUCACUGUGCAAAUUCGGCCAAGAGACUGUUCAAGAUAUAGUGAGCAGAACGCAGGAUGUGUUCCAAACGCUAAAAGCUAUACAGCCGCCGAACGGCACCCAGCACGGUGAAAGUGCCAGCAAUGACAAGAAAGCCAAAAUGCAGGAACAGCUGCGGACAAUACGGUUGCUGUUCAAACGGCUCAGACUUAUCUACGAAAAGUGUAACGAGACUUGUCAAGGGAUGGAGUAUACGCAUAUGGAGAGUCUAAUCCCACUAAAGGAUGAAGCGGAUAACAAGGCAUUGGACGAGCGUCGAAACACCGAGUCCUACAGACUGGCUCUCGAGGAGAACCGGGAGUUAACUGAACAGGUGGUAUUGAAAAACAAACAGCUAAAAGAAGUGAUUACGAAUCUCAGGACUAUUAUAUGGGAGAUUAACGUGAUGUUAACUAUGAGAAGGUCGUAAAAUAUAAUACGUGCCUAUAGUGAUCGCGUCAGUGUUCCAAUUAUAGAGACAAUGUGUUGUAACUAUUGUGAUUAAAGCGGCUAGUAAAAGUUUAAGUGUUAGGAAAAUUAACGCUGACGUUACGUUAAACUGUGUCAAACUGCGGGACCUAAAAGAGGCGAAUAUACUGCAUGUCCUGCAAGAGGUGCAAGUCUUGCAAAAGGUGCAAGUCCUGCAAAAGGUGCAAGUCCUGCAACAGGUGCACAUCCUGCAAGAGGUGCAAGUCCUGGAAGAGUUGCAAGUCCUGCAAGAGAUAUAAGACCUACAGGAGGCAAAUUCACAUACAAAACAGUUUUUCCCGACCAAUUUCGGCCCGGUGACACCAGAGAGAUUUUCCAACUAUACGGGAUAUAUUAUAGUUCACAAUUGUGUGCUUAGUCCGACGCCGAACAGAAUGAGAUACCGACAGCUUAACUUGCUUGACAAAGCAGGGGGGUGAAUCACGCCAAUUUAUCAAACUUCCGGCUGAUACUAAGAAUUUCGUGUACAACUUGCAAUAGGUGCAAACACUGCAAGAAGCCUUGGACUUGCAACAGGGCUUGAACUUGCAAGAGGUGCAGGCUCUGCAAUUGGCGCUGGACCUGCUAGAUGUACAAGCAAGAGAGCUGGGCCUAAGUGGCCCAGAAAUUGCAAGAAUCUGUGUUUAAUGAAAAUAGUUUGAAAUUAUAGAAGGCUACUUUUACUAUA